CUUUGUGCCGGCCAUUCCUCUGUGUCCCUUGUCCUUUCCCUGUCCCCAGGAUGCUGUGUAUGUGGACAAAAGUUCUGAUUAUGACCCUGCUGGUGCUGAAUUCCCUAGUGGCUACAGGCAGAGACAGCCCAGAGCACUUCAUGGAGCAGAUGAAGAAUGAGUGUCUCUUUGUCAAUGGGACUGAGCACGUGCGGUUUGUGGGGAGACUCAUCUACAACCGCGAGGAGAUUCUGCGCUUCCACAGCGACGUGGGGGAGUUCGUGGCCUUGACCGAGUUGGGGCGGCCCAUUGCAGAGCUAAUGAACAGCCUGCUGGAGGCCCUGGAGCAAGCGCGAGCCCAGGUAGCCAGGUGCAAAGACAACUAUAGGCUGUUAGAGUCCUUCUGGAUGCAGAGGAGGGUUGGGCCUGAAGUGACUGUGUAUCCAUCAAAGAUGGCUCCCCUAGGAUACCCAAAUCAGCUUGUCUGUUUUGUUACUGGUUUCUACCCUGGGGACAUUGAGGUCAGAUGGUUCCUGAAUGGGCAGGAGGAGACAGCUGGGAUUGUGUCCACAGGCCUGAUUAGUAAUGGAGACUGGACCUACCAGAUCCUGGUGAUGCUGGAAAUGACCCCCAAGCAUGGAGAUGUCUACACCUGCCAAGUGGAGCACUCCAGCCUGCAGAGCCCUGUCAUUGUGGUCUGGGAAGCACAGUCCAGAUUUUCCCAGAGCAAGAUGUUGACUGGAGUUGGAGGCCUUGUGCUAGGGCUGAUCUUCCUUGGGCUUGGCCUCACUGUUCACCUGAGGGGUCAAAAAGGUUUUGAAGCUAAGGAUGCCCUUGGACCCUGAGGGGGAAGAGAUGAGGCUGUUUAUGGGCUCAGGGUCCUGUGAAUGACUCACCACUGUCCUCUGAUAGUCUCCAUCUGACCACUGAGGCUGAGUGUCCCCUGGAGCUGGCGUUUCUCCUCCUGGCAUCUCUCCCAAACAUGGAAUCCACCUGCCUAUAUCGGGGAUGUUAGCAUUGCUGAUCCCUUCCCUGGACUAGCUCCCUCCCUGUUUCUGGACUCUGUGUGCAUUGCCUCUCACUGUACCCCUCCUGUUGUGUUUCCCCAGCUACCCAUAUAGGGCCUUGGCUGCUAUGGGGCAGGUCUGUCCUUCACCCUCAUAGAUAGACAUGCUGCUCUAUGGUCAUUUGGGCCAUUUUUCUCCCUUGAGUCUUUUCUCCAGUAAAUCAGAAGGAGGAGAAUUCCCUGGUGUUGGGCACAAGAAAAUAGCAGAAGUGUGGAGAGGGAAGCAACUUUAGUACUACCAUAAUCUGUGAUAUCCAUGUGGUUAAUCCCUCCAAACAUGCAGAUAAACACACAGCCUCCCCCGCCCCAGACUUGUUAUCCUAUGUCACUUUUGUACCUGCCCUCCCAUAAACCCUUCAUAGAUGUCUGGUACCAUUUCUCUAAAUGGCUUAAUGUCAUGUGGAUGCCAGUGAAGAUGUAGGUUCUCCACUGGUCAUUGCUCACAUUCUCUACAAGAUAGCAUCACUUCCUUUUUUGGUCACACAUCUCUGAUGAUUUCCUUUAUGCUCAUUCUCCCCUUAGUUCUUAAAAUUACUAAUAUGCUACAGCCUACACACACACACACACACACACACACACACACACACACACGCCAAUGGUGUUC